UUGACCACACGUAAACAAAAUAAAGUCUCAAACGGCGGCAAAGAGGUAAAGUCUCUCUGUUCUACGGUAUCUGGGUUUGAUUUGGAAACGCUCGUAUCGUGUGUGACCGUGACGUUCAAGUACGUGUCACGGCUAUGGGGAAUUUACUUCAGAAUCGUGAGGGAUCUUCCACUUCUCAUCUCACAGCUCCUCUGGCUUUCAAAGGCAAGCAGAAACAGAUUGGACAAGGUCGUCAGAGAGAAGUGUUUACACACUUUGUGUCACUUCCGUUAGUUACCUAUCCUGAGUUGAAGGAAAAACUUGAGGCUUUCCAGAAUUCUAUAUUGGGUAACAACAAUGAUAAGGUUCUUCCACUCAGAUUUCAGAACACUUUAGCUCAGAUGGGAAUCGAAAAAUCGAUUUUUGUUUCGCCCAAAACUUUCCAUUUGACUGUGGUUAUGUUAAAGUUAGAGAACAAUGAAUCUGUGGUCAAAGCUCAGAAUAUCCUUAAGAGUAUUUCUCCUAAUGUGAGGCAGGCUUUGAUGAACCGACCUGUCUUCAUAACACUCAGGGGAUUGGUAAGAAUCGAAUGUAUGAAUGGAUCUUUUGACAAAACCCGCGUUCUCUAUGCUCCUGUUGAAGAAGUUGGGCAUGAGGGUCGCCUGCUAAGCGCUUGUCAUGUUAUCAUUGAUGCAUUUGAAAAUGCUGGAUUUGCUGGUAAAGACGCAAAGUCACGCUUGAAGCUACAUGCCACGGUGAUGAAUGCAAGCUACAGAAAAGAUAAAAGCAGAAAGAUGGAUACUACUUUUGAUGCAAGAGAGAUACACAAAGAGUUUGGGAACAAGGAUUGGGGAACAUAUUUAAUCAGAGAAGCUCAUAUCUCACAACGCUUUAAAUAUGACCUGAAUGGCUACUUCCAUUGCUGCGCUUCACUACCUUUUCCACAUAAGUGACAUUGAAAACGAUCAAAUCUCCUCUUAAAGGUUUUGUUGUAGGAGAACUGAUGUUUUCUCGGUGACAAACUAUGAUCAGUGUGUAUGUCAAUAUGUAACUGUUUCUAUAUAAUGUGUAUGUGUCACAGAAAUUGGUAACACUACGGGUUUGUAACUUGUGUUUGUAAGAUUUGUUUUGGACAGUGUAUAGUAUUGAAAUAUACACAUUUGCUAGA